AUGGCGACCAUGCGGCCAGCUCUCCGGGUCUUCUCUCCGUUGAGAAAUACUCGCUGUAUGCCCGCUGCACGACCCCACACGCCGGCGCGGCAGUUCUUCAACCUCCCGAAUCUCCCCUCAUCCGAGCCGCAGGUCCUGACGGCCUCCCGAACCCUCCCAUACCCCUCCGCCCAGCUCUACGACGUAAUCUCCGACGUGGACUCAUACUCGACCUUCGUGCCAUACUGCGCGCAGUCCCGUGUCACGCAAUGGACCGCCCCCGACCAGAACGGGCGCAAAUGGCCCGCGCAGGCCGACUUGCGCGUGGGCUGGGGCGGCUUCGAGGAGACAUUCACGAGUAGGCUGCAUUGUGUACCCGGGAAAAGCGUCGAGGCGAUCAGCGGCGCAGACGUUCCAGGUGCGAGCCCGGGCAAUGGAGGAGAGGGCGGUGCGGUGUUCAGGAGCUUGGUGACGAUGUGGCAACUGCGGCCACUGGCUACGGGCACUGGCACGGAGGUGGACCUGGUUAUCAGAUUCCAGUUUGCGAACCCGUUGUACUCCGCUGUGAGCGCUGCGGUGUCUGAUAAGGUGGCUGGUGUAAUGAUCCAAGCGUUCGAGAAGCGCGUCAAGAGUGUGCUUGGUAGACCAAGGAUAUAA